ACUUUAGGCUCAGAAUCGCGUGUGCAGUCCUCUGAUUGGCUGAGAGCUGCAGCAGCUGAACAAAGCGUAGCCCGCUGCUGCUGCUGCUUGCUCAAGAAUCAGGUCUCCGGAUCUGUCGCUGCCUACAGGGUCAGUGAAGAACCACAAUGCAGGCUCAGGAAGUCCUGAGACAGCUGCGGAUUCCCGAGCUGGAUGAUCUUAGGCAGUAUGUCCGCAGCUUACCCACCAACACGCUCAUGGGCAUGGGGGCCUUCGCUGCAAUCACCACAUACUGGUUCGCCACCCGGCCAAAAGCCCUCAAACCACCGUGUGACCUCGGGCUGCAGUCAGUGGAAAUGCCUGGAGGAGAACGUGCACGGAGGUCGGUGUUGAACGACAACAACGAGCAUAUGACGCACUUCUACAGCGAUGCACGCACGAUAUAUGAGGUGUUCCUACGAGGGCUCAGAGUAUCAAAUGACGGUCCUUGUCUGGGAUCGAGGAAACCCAACCAGUCGUAUGAGUGGCAGUCGUAUAGUGAGGUGAUAGACAGAGCGGAGCACAUCGGCUCGGCUCUGCUCCACCGAGGACACUCCCACUCAGGAGACAAAUACAUCGGCAUUUUCUCCCAGAACAGACCAGAGUGGACCAUAUCAGAGCUGGCCUGUUAUACAUACUCCAUGGUGGCGGUCCCACUGUACGACACACUCGGCACAGAGGCCAUCGGAUAUGUUAUCGACAAAGCUUCUAUCGCGACUGUGAUCUGCGACAUCCCUGAAAAAGCCGUGAUGAUUCUGGACUGUGUCAAAGGUCAAGGAAAAACGGUGAAGACGAUUGUGCUCAUCGAGGCAUUCGACAGCGAGCUAGUGACCCUUGGAAAAGAAAAUGGGAUUGAAAUUCUGAGUUUGAAAGCGUUUGAGGCCUUAGGUGAAGCACACCACCAGAAACCACUGCCUCCUACACCAGAUGACCUCGCACUUGUCUGCUUUACAUCAGGAACCACAGGAAAUCCAAAAGGUGCAAUGCUUACUCACGGGAAUGUAAUCUCCAACACUGCCGCUUUCAUUAAAAUAACACAGGUACACUGCAUGCUGGACCUCCAUGACAUUCAUGUGUCCUCUCCCCUAGCUCACAUGUUUGAGAGGGUUGUACAGGGUGUCAUCCUCAUCCAUGGGGCUCGAAUUGGGUAUUUCCAAGGUGACAUUCGACUUCUGAUGGAUGAUUUGAAAACACUGCAGCCGCAGUCCUUUCCUGUGGUCCCACGUCUCCUCAACCCGCAUGUUUUUUCUUCCCCACAGGUAUUCAGUCAAGCCAACACACCUCUGAAGAAAUGGCUGCUGGACUUUGCGUUCAGAAGGAAGGAAGCAGACCUUAAAGUGGUGUGGUCCAGAAGGGACAGCUUUUGGGACACACUUAUCUUCAAAAAGCUACAGGCGAGUUUGGGUGGCCGUGUUAGACUCAUGAUCACAGGAGCAGCACCGGUUUCUCCGACUAUCCUGACGUUUCUACGAGCUGCACUGGGCUGUCAGUUUUAUGAAGGCUACGGUCAGACUGAAUGUACAGCCGGCUGCUCCAUGUCGAUGCCUGGGGACUGGAAAGCAGGUCACGUUGGACCCCCUCUACCCUGCAAUGCUGUUAAACUGGUUGAUGUGGCCGAAAUGAACUAUCUGGCAGCCAAUGGAGAGGGAGAGAUAUGUGUCAAAGGACCAAAUGUAUUCAAAGGAUACCUGAAGGAUGCUGAGAAAACCGCAGAGGCGAUCGACGAGGACGGCUGGCUGCACACAGGAGACAUUGGGAAAUGGCUUCCCAAUGGAACUUUAAAGAUCACAGACAGAAAAAAGCACAUUUUCAAGCUGGCACAAGGAGAAUACAUCGCUCCGGAGAGAAUAGAAACAGUCUACAGUCUCAGCGAUCCAGUGGCUCAGAUUUUUGUUCACGGUGACAGCUUACAGGCUUGCCUGGUGGGGAUAGUGGUACCUGAUCCGGACUUUUUACCUCUUUGGAUAAAGAAAAAAGGAGUCGAAGGAUCCUACUCUGAGCUGUGCACAAAUCCGGAUGUAAAGACUGCCAUACUGGAGGACCUCCUGAGGCUGGGGAAAGAAGGAGGGCUCAAGUCUUUUGAGCAGGUGAGAGCUAUUGCGAUACAUCCAGAGUUGUUUUCUGUCCAAAACGGCUUGCUGACGCCCACUUUGAAGGCCAAGAGGGAUGAGCUUCGGAGGCGCUUCAGAGGGAUGAUAGAUGAACUUUAUGCCAAAAUCAAGAUGUAAGCUGGAAGCAAGGACCGCUUUUUAGAAAGAGACAAUCGUUUAGAGCACACAGAACAGAGGAGCAGGGAGGUUUCUCUCAAUUGUCAUACCAGAAGAGUUGUAUGGGGGUUGCCUUCAAAACAAAACAAGAAAAAGCUAAUACCCCCAGUUUGAAGUAUAUAUUGUCCCUCAUUCAUCUAGAAAUUGUGCCACUAAUUUUGUUUGUGCUAGCACUGACUCAAUAUUGCAGAUCAUGUCAUCUUUGUGACUGGUAUAAAUUGUUCAAGGUUAAAAAAAAACACAAGACUCCAGCCUGAACUGCCUUAACUUUCCGUGUGACUGAGUACUCCACAGUCAGAAAGGUCCAGCAAAAGAUAUUUGCAAAUUUUUAUUCUUGAGUGCUGCAAAAUGGAUAUCUUAUAAACUCGCUUUGACAACAGUGACAAAUAUUGAGUAUUUAUAUACCAGACUAUUUAAUGUUUUGGCCAUGUAUUUAAGAUGAUAUUUAAUGUAAUCAAUAAACCUGUAAAUAGUGUAUCUGCUGAAAAGUCUACUUGUAUGCAGAGUAUCGUGCCCAUUCCCAUGUUUUAAGUGCUGUUGGCUAAAGGAGAGAUAAACCUGUUUGGAUGCACAAUUUAAGUGAUAGCCUCUUUGGGAAUCUUGUUGCUUGACAGAUUGUUUUUGUGCCUUCUUUGGUUUUGUCUGUUUUCUUUUAAUACUGCAUGAAAAAUCUUGAAUGUUGCUGUAGAUGCAGUUCUGACAUUUUUAAGUUCCCCAUUUCAGUGCCACAGUUUGCAGGAUUAAGCUGCACACUGUCAUUUGUAUAAUGCACAACACGAGUAUUCAGGGUAAAUAUUAUUGGAACUGUGGUAUCACGGUUCAUGUUAAGUCUUUCAAAUUUAAUUCCGUGUCCUCGUCAACUUUUCACAUUUGAUUUUCACCAACGGUCCUUGAAAAGUCUUGACGUUAAACGGAGAAGCAAUUAAGCUGUUUAACAAAACAGUUUUGACUUAAUUAUGAUCAUUAAACACAGCUAAUCAUGUCAAAGCUUCAUUGACAUUUCAAGCCAUGAUGUUUUUUUUAACUCUUAGGGUAUGAAAAGAUGAAGGUGCAUUUUUGUGCUGCAGUUACCAGUACAGUAUCUUUAUUUGUCCACUGUACCAAAUAAAUACUUUGAACAAAC